AACUUUUUCUACAUGACCAAAAGAAUUAAUAUAUGCAUGCAAAUUAUACUACAUUUGCUUCUCUACCUAUCUUUUCUUUUCUUCCCAGUGUUUCUCCCAUUUCCUGAAGUACUCUUGUAAUUUUUGUAUUCAGGCUGUUCUGUUCAGAUCAAUGGACUGUGUGAGCCCAAUCUUGGAUGCUACGUCCCGAUUUUGUAGUUGCAUCAGGGACUCUACAUACUAUAUUCGCAAUCUCCAUGAUAAUCUUAACUCUUUGACAACUGAAAUUGGAACAUUGAAAAGGCAAAGAGAUGAUGUGAAGAGACAAGUUGAAGCUGCCGAGAGGCUACCGAUGCAACAACGCAACCAGCAAGUCAUUGGCUGGCUUCAAAGAGUAGAACAACUGGAGAGGGAAGUGGAAGAGCUUCUCCAACAGGGUGAUGAACAGAUCCAGCAUAAGUGUCUCAAAAUAUGUCCCAGAAAUUGCUGGUCUACCCAUAAGCUCGGAAAGAGAGUAUCCGACAAGUUACAGACUCUCUCUAAUAUGAAGAGUGAAGGUAAUUUCAGUACUGUGGCUGUACCGAUGGCCGCGGAACACGCCGAAGAAACUCCUCUUGAUAGGACUGUGGGCUUGGAUGCAAAUUUUCACAAGCUCUUGAGUCUCCUUAGAGAUGAUGGAACUGGAAUCAUCGGAAUCUACGGGAUGGGGGGCGUCGGAAAGACGACCCUCUUGAAGAUGAUCAACAACGAGCUUGCAAGUCAAUUGCGUAGUGAGUUCGAUGAAGUUAUAUGGGUUACGGUGUCCAAAGAUCUAAGUAGUGUGGAAAGCAUUCAAGAUAAAAUUGGCAAGAAACUACGAUUUUCAGAUGACAUGUGGAGGGGUAAAAGCCAAGAGGAAAAGAAGGCAGAUAUCUUCAAAGUCUUAAAGAGGAAGAGAUUUGUGCUACUGUUGGAUGACAUAUGGAAACGAAUUGAUCUUCUUGAAGUGGGAGUUCCAAUUCCAGACAAUCAAAAUAAGGCCAAGAUAAUAUUCACCACCCGAUCUGAGGAUGUGUGCGGUCUUAUGCAAGCUAAGAAGAAGAUAAAGGCGGAAUGCUUGGCAUGGGAGGAAGCUUGGGAUUUGUUUAAAGAAAAGGUGGGAGAAGAGAUGAUCAAUUCUGACUCUGAAAUAGCAAGGCUGGCAAAAGAAGUUUGCAAAGAAUGUGCGGGUUUGCCACUUGCGCUUAGUACGAUUGGACGAGCCAUGGCUAGCAAGAGAACCCCCCAAGAAUGGGAUUAUGCAGUAAGUGUGUUGAAGAAAUCUAUAUUCAAAUUUUCAGACAUGGGAGACCAGGUGUUUCCUCUUUUGAAGUUCAGUUACGAUUACUUAUGUGAUGAAACGAUUAAGACUUGUUUCUUGUAUUUUGCUUUGUUCCCGGAAGAUGAUGAUAUUGCAGUUUCCCAUCUGAUAAAAUUAUGGAUAGGUGAGGGUUUUCUUGAUGCUGAAUGUGAUGAUAACAUUGAUGAUGCUUGUAAGUUGGCAUAUAAUAUUAUAUGUAGGUUGAAACUUGCAUGUUUGUUGGUGGAGAGCUCAAAUUACAAUCGUGUUCAUAUGCAUGACCUGAUUCGGGACAUGGCACUGUGGAUAGUUCGGGAGAAGGGGAUAGUUUGGGAGAGUGGGAGUGAAAAAGAGAAAUAUUUGGUGCAAGGAGAAAGUCCUAAAUGGGAGAAGGCUGAACGAGUACUUUUGUUCGAUAUUUCAAUUGAAAAAUUAUGCGGAAGUCCUAGAUGUCCCAAUCUUUUGACUCUAAUUCUUUAUUGUAAUUAUCCUUUGAUGACCAUUUCCAAUAGUUUUUUCCAAUUUAUGCCUACUCUCAAGGUGUUAGAUCUAUCAGGCAGUCCUAAACUAAGAAAGUUACCGACGAGCUUGUUGGGGUUGGUUUCAUUGGAAUAUCUUGAUCUCUCGUGGACCAAAAUAAGGGAAUUGCCAAUUGAGUUUAAGUCAUUGGUAAAGUUGAAGUAUUUAUAUUUGAAUCGUAUGAAUGAACUUGAUAUUAUCUCGCCGCAAGUCAUGUCAAGUCUUUUGAUGCUGCAAAGGUUGGAGAUGCGUGGCAGUGGCAGUGGCGGUGGCAGUGGCUGUCGUGGUUCAGAUUCAGAGGGAAAUAUUGAUGAAGGCAGCAGCGUCUUGUUUGGUGGUAAUGAAUUGUUAUUGGAUGAAUUGGAAUGCUUGAAUCACCUUCAAUAUUUAAGUUUGACGGUGAAAACAGAGCUUGCUCUCCAAAAAUUAUUAAGUUUGGAAAAGUUUGUAAGUUUAACGUUUGGUUUAAGCAUCCGUGGAGUCAAAAGAGCCUCAAUAUCGCUGCAAAUGUCUUCUUUACAGAAGAAGAUGGAGAAACUAGAAAGUCUUGAAAUUGUAAAUUGUGAAAUUUGUGAUGAUAUAGAGGAGUCGUCGAUGGAUGGGAUGAGGUGCGAGGAAAGAGAGAGAGGCGCAUUACCUCACAAAAACUAUCAUCAUCCGUUGCAGAAGAGUAUAAUAGAUGGAAGCAGAAGCUUUCAUAACCUUUGGGACGUUUACAUUGACGAGUGCAAGGUUUUGAAGGAUGUAACAUGGCUAAUUUGGGUGCCAAACCUUCAACGUUUAGAAAUUUGGUCCUGUGAUGCAAUUGAAGAAGUAAUAAAAGAUGAUAUUAUUGGUAGGGAAAUAGGAAAAUUGAGUGUAUUCGCAAGGCUACGAACAUUGAGACUGCUUUAUCUACCAGAGUUAAAGAGCAUCUACACUCAUGCAUUGCCCUUCCCUUCUCUGACCUACUUUGAAGUGGCUAAAUGUCCGAAGCUUAAGAAAUUUCCAUUGAACUGCAAUAGUAGUGGGAAAGACAGUCAACUCGAAAUUUUAUGUGCAGAUGAGUGGCGGGAUAAUUUAGAAUGGGAAAAUGAAGAAACUCGCUCUGCUUUCUGGCCUCUUUUCAUAUGGCAACAAGAAGAUAGAAGAAGAAGUUGAUGUCUCCUGAUUUUGAGGAAGAGUGUGGUCUCUUAUUUCACAGAAAGAAGUUUCGACUUGCGAGGCUAGAGGAAGUGGAGCUGUUGCUGAGUCUUAUCGAUGUCAAAGUUAUGUCAAGGGUUUUAAGAAUGAAGUAUUGGUAAAGUAGCAACUGUGUCCUAUAAAUCUAGUUCAACAAAAUUGUUGUUAGUUUGUGGUAUGUGUGCCUUUUGCGUUGUAUUUGUUCCGAACUUAUGUUGCAUUGACUUGUGGUUUAUAUAUGUCAGAAGUGAGAUCUUUCUCUUA